CCAGUAGUAUUUAUCCGCUGUUUUACUCAACGCUGUACUUUCUUUACCGGAAAAUAUCUUCUGCAACUUCUCUUCUGCUGCCGCCGGCGCCGGCGUCGCUAAAUCAUCCUCAUCCAAUCUAACGAGUGCUGCUCCGAAGCACAAUCGACCGACCACAGCAAUUCGCAUACAGAAAGUAAAAAACGAUAGCAACAGUGAAGAUUCAGUUACCCAGCUCCAUCGCUUUAUUUUGCAUUUCUGUGUAGUAUCCUUGUUGAUUAGGUCAAUGUUGUUUGCAAGUUUUGCACCUGAAUUUUGUCCGAGUGGCAUCUCUUAUCCGGCGUUCGGAACUCCGCAUUCUACUCCGAAGCAUUUGCCUCCGUCUCGGCUUCGGGUCGCGGCUUCGUCAGCGGCACCUAAUGGAGUGAAGGUUGAGUACACGCCGUGGCUGGUUGUUGGAUUGGGGAAUCCAGGGAAUAAGUAUCACGGAACUCGCCACAAUGUAGGGUUUGAGAUGAUUGAUCGUAUCUCAGAGGCAGAAGGUAUUCUGAUGAACACUAUACAAUCCAAAGCUUUGAUUGGCAUAGGUUCCAUUGGCCAGGUCCCGGUUUUACUGGCCAAGCCUCAGACAUAUAUGAACUUCAGUGGAGAAUCGGUUGGACCUCUUGCUGCAUAUUAUCGAGUACCACUGCGUCACAUUCUACUGGUUUAUGAUGAAAUGAGCUUACCCAACGGAGUUUUGAGACUUCAGCCCAAGGGAGGACACGGUCACCACAAUGGUGUGAAGAGCGUCAUGGAGCAUUUAGAUGGUCGUCGUGAAUUCCCCCGCUUUUGCAUUGGCAUUGGAAAUCCACCCGGUAUGAUGGAUAUGAAGGCUUAUCUUCUCCAAAAAUUCAGUCCCAUCGAGCGACAACAGGUGGAUGAUGCACUGGAGCAAGGUGUUGAAGCUGCAAGAACACUUGUUCAGCAAGGAUUCAGCACUCAAAUCACCCAAUUUAAUCUUGGUCAGAAAUAUAAGUACCAUAAGGUUUGAUUCCUUUUACUUCAUAUAUCUGCAUAGUAGAGGGCAUGAUCGACUAAUAUAUCUAUAUCUAUAUCUAUAUCUAUAUCUAUAUAUAUGUAUAAUUAAUUCUAUGAUGCCUGUUCUGAUCUCAUGUUUGAUUAGGAUUCACUAUAAUUAAAUCAAAUUAUCCCAAGUGUGUAGGAUAAAAUAUAUGAUGAAUUCACAUAAAUG